UUUGUUGCGGUUGCACCCGAUUCAAGAGCCGAAUGGCUCACAGGGCUAUACCAAAUAAAUGGAAAUGGAACUAUGGAAGAAGCGUGAGGCAGCAUGGAGCAGCACACCCAUACCGUCAAUACAGGACUUAAACAAAAAACACUUUUAAAUAAUACAUUUGCAGAAAACUAAAUUAUUACACGCAGAUCUACUUUGGCCAAUAGCCAAAAACCGGAGAUACGUUUGAAUUGCCUCCUGCUAGAAUCCUGGACACGAGAGCGGACUCCUGAACUGUCAGCAUCUUAAGCGGAGAGGUCACUGCCCCACAUGAUGCUGUCGUCCAACCACUGGGAGGCACUCGGGCACGAUCACACCCCCACAUUCACAGAUAAUGAAGGCACUGACUCAAUUAUACAUUUCCUCGAGAUCAGUUUCAUCAUUAGACCGUGCACGUGACCAUCCUUCACAGUCGUGCAAUGCCACAAAAGUCGUCCAACGUCUACGGCUGAGCCUAUCUCAUCGCUCAUCCUCUCAGAUGGGGUCAUCCCUUCUAGCUAUGAUGUGUCCUGCCCUGGACAACUUAUUUAUCUUAAACUUCACAAAGCGAUGUUUCAAGCUUGCAUGUGUUCCCCGAUCCUGUGCUCCGCGUGUUUCUGCCUCUUGGAGAUCGCCAGUGGUGGGUUUCGUGAUAUCCACUGCUCGGUUUUAUCAUCACCAGUUGGAGUUCGAGAGCAAGGCAAAUGCGUUGUUUACAUCGCUGUGGUUCAGGGAUCACGCUGUGCACCGAGGCACGCUGGACUUUAAUCAGAGGCCUAAGUUCAAUACCGGCACGGCGAUAACGUGAGUGGUAAAUGGUAUCUCGCCGGCCUGGCUCCCCCACAAUCGUCCCCUUCAUUGGCCUGCACUCAGCAGGGUGGCCAGCUAUGGGCAAGCAGCCAUCAUGACUGACAGCGCGGGAUAUACGGAUGGAAAUGCGCCUAUUUCGCGUAGCUCGUGAGCGAGACGCACGUGAUGACACGGAGAGUGGGAGGGGAGUCCCGUGUCGCGCGCGUGAGAGUGGGAGGGGAGUUCCGUGUCGCGCGCGUGAGAGUGGGAGGGGAGUUCCGUGUCGCGCGCGUGAGAGUGGGAGGUGAGUCCCGUGUCGCGCGCGUGAGAGCGUCGGAGCUGAGCGGGAGGAGGAAGAGGGCCCCGUGGGUGUCGCGCGCGUGAGAGUGGGAGGGGAAUUCCGUGUCGCGCGCGUGAGAGCGUCGGCGGCGGUGGUGGCUGUGCGGGGUGAGGUUUGCCUGCACGAAGCAGCAGGUGAGGCGAGCUACGGUUGCUGUGAGCGUGGCCGCUGGUGAGCACGGGCGUGACGAGAAUGGAGCACUCUUCGGAAAGUGGCUCGCCCUGUUCCAUCUGCGAAAACGUUUCCACGAACGCAAUCCGAUUGGACUGCAACCACAACUUCUGCUCCCAAUGCACCAAAGGCAUUUGCACCACCGACGCGGCCGGCGCGGGCAGCAGCAGCAGCAGCAGCUCGUGCCCUCUGUGCCAGGGCGACGCGAGGGCCCCCCGGCGCGUCGCCCCGGAGGAGGGGAUCGUCCACGCCGUCGCUGCCGCCGGCUUGGACGAUCGCCCGGGCGGCUCGGGCCACGACGCCGCCGGGUGCCCUGCGCCGGACGCCGGCUCCCUCCCGUCCUGCGACUUCUGCCUCGUGAGUAAGCUGCCGGCCGCCAAGACGUGCCUCACGUGCCUGGCCUCGUACUGCGAGAUGCACGUGCGUCCCCACUUGCGCAGCCCGCCGUUCCGGGGACACAACCUGACGGAGCCCGUGCGCGACCUCAGCGCCAUCCGCUGCCCCGAGCACGGCAAGGCGCUGGAGCUCUUCUGCCGAGACGACGGCGUCUCGGUGUGCGGCCUGUGCCCUCUCCUGGGGCGGCACAAGCAGCACCGCGUCGUCACGGUCGAGCAGGAGUUGCUCGACAAGAAGAAAUCGCUGCAAACCAAAUUGACGUUUCUGGAUGAGACUUCCCACAGGAAAGAGGAGAGCAUUUCUCAAUUGAAGGAGAUCACAACUGGAAUUAACGUGUCGUGUGAAGGCUUCCACGGUAAGCUGUUAGUGCAGUUUCAAGGCCUGCAGAGGGUACUGGAGGACUAUGAGAGAUGCACCAUGAAGGCUGUUGACAUGGAGAAGCAAAUAACCCAAUUAAGAGUUGACAAGGAGAUCAAGAAACUGACGGCACAAAAUGCAGAAAUAUCCGAACUACGGAAUAGGAUGUUGAAUGCGCUGGCAAGCAUCAACAUUUGGAAUCUGGCCAGCAUCGAGGACUUUAGCGACGCGAUGCCCCCGGAAGCCGAGGAUCUGGAGGUGCAGCGUUUCUCCCUGGAGAGUGUGAAGCUGCAGAAGAUUCUGGAGGCGGUGGAUCACUUGGAGGCGUUUUGUGGGGACCACGUCAGCCACCCCAGCCACGGACAGAGACACCCAUCCAGCAGAGAGCCGCAAGCAAGUUCGGCGCAGGAGGUGCCCGAGUGCGCUCAAGCGUCCUCGCGUAAACCGGCACGGACGAUGAGGCACGGCCAUGGGGCACGUCCGACCAGGGUAGUGGUGGGAAGAGCUCAUUCGACCGGCGACUGCGAGCCGCCCGCCGCCGCUGCCGCCGCCGCCACCACCAACCGACAGAGAUACCUGCAGUUCAUCACGGAGGUGAAGCUGAACCCGCGGACUGCUCACCCCAACCUGACGGUCACCCCCGACAACAAGAUGGCGUCGUGCGGCCGCUUCCGCUGGUUCUGCGACCGCGCAGCCGAGCGCUUCGAGAGCGUCAUGCAGGUUCUGUGCGCCCAGGGGUUCUUCUCGGGGCGCCACUACUGGGAGGUGGACGUGCGCGGCGCCGGCCGGGGCUGGUGGGUGGGCGCCGCGUACGGCUCCAUGAGCCGCAAGGGCAGCGACGACGCCUGCAGCCUGGGCCGCAACAAGAUGUCCUGGUGCCUCAAGCGCUUCGACGUGGAGUACUGGUGCUUCCACGACAACCAGAGGGUGCCCCUCGUCAUCGACGAGGAACCGCAGAGGGUCGGAGUCUUCCUGGACUUUGAAGAGGGGAUUCUGUCCUUCCACAUUGUUUUUCCUCAGAUGAUUCCCCUCUAUUCUUUUAAAACCAAGUUCACAGAUGUUGUCUAUCCUGCCUUCAGGCUAUGGGAGGGGUCCGUUAAGCUUCCUGUGAGUCUCUAAUAAUCACCAUUAUAAUCAUCAGCCGGGUUCCAUCCACUGCCGGACGAAGGCCUUCCCAAGCCGUCGCCAUCUCUCACGGCCUUGCGAUGCGACCGAGCUCCUGCGCGUGAGAUGAUCCCAUUGCUCCGUCUCCGUGGUGGACGCUCUUCUGGGGCAAGCUCCCUUCUUUGGUUGCCGCUCUGCCGUCAGUCUCGACCCACUCCUCUCGAGUCAUCGUAUCUGCAGCAGCACGACCAUAGCGCUAACUGACCAGUGGUAGAACCGUGUUCUUGUUCGUACAGAUGACCCCUUUUCAGUGCCGCAUUAGGGCAAUGGCACUUCUUUCGCCUUUGUUUUCAAUUUAUACCAAUGCCAAGCUAAAAGGGAAAAAGUAUUGCGAGCUUCUUUGUGCCAUGGCUGGUCGUUGCUCAGGGGCCUGAUCCCCGUGGCCGCCGUGUGACUUGCUCCCCAUGUGACUGGCUCCCCAUGUGACUUGCUCCCCAUGUGACUGGCUCCCCAUGUGACUUGCUCCCCAUGUGACUGGCUCCCCAUGUGACUGGCUCCCCGUGUGACUUGCUCCCCAUGUGACUUGCUCUUCGUGUAACUUGCUCCCCGUGUAACUUGCUCCCCGUGUGACUGGUUCCCCAUGUGACUGGCUCCCCAUGUGACUUGCUCCCCGUGUGACUGGCUCCCCAUGUGACUGGCUCCCCAUGUGACUUGCUCCCCAUGUGACUUGCUCCCCAUGUGACUGGCUCCCCAUGUGACUUGCUCCCCAUGUGACUGGCUCCCCAUGUGACUGGCUCCCCAUGUGACUUGCUCCCCAUGUGACUGGCUCCCCAUGUGACUUGCUCCCCAUGUGACUGGCUCCCCAUGUGACUUGCUCCCCAUGUGACUGGCUCCCCAUGUGACUUGCUCCCCAUGUGACUGGCUCCCCGUGUGACUUGCUCCCCAUGUGACUUGCUCUUCGUGUAACUUGCUCCCCGUGUAACUGGUUCCCCAUGUGACUGGCUCCCCAUGUGACUUGCUCCCCAUGUGACUUGCUCCCCGUGUGACUGGUUCCCCAUGUGACUGGCUCCCCAUGUGACUUGCUCCCCGUGUGACUGACUCCCCAUGUAACUGGUUCCCCUGUGACUUGCUCCCCGUGUGACUUGCUCCCCGUGUGACUGGCUCCCCAUGUGACUGACUCCCCGUGUGACUGACUCCCCAUGUAACUGGUUCCCCUGUGACUUGCUCCCCGUGUGACUUGCUCUUCGUGUGACUUGCUCCCCAUGUGACUUGCUCCCCGUGUAACUGGCUCCCCAUGUGACUUGCUCCCCAUGUGACUGGCUCCCCAUGUGACUUGCUCCCCGUGUGACUUGCUCCCCGUGUGACUUGCUCCCCAUGUGACUUGCUCCCCAUGUGACUGGCUCCCCAUGUGACUUGCUCCCCGUGUGACUUGCUCCCCGUGUGACUUGCUCCCCGUGUAACUUGCUCCCCAUGUGACUUGCUCCCCGUGUAACUUGCUCCCCAUGUGACUUGCUCCCCAUGUGACUGGCUCCCCAUGUGACUUGCUCCCCGUGUGACUUGCUCCCCGUGUGACUUGCUCCCCAUGUGACUUGCUCCCCGUGUGACUUGCUCCCCAUGUGACUGGCUCCCCAUGUGACUGGCUCCCCAUGUGACUGGCUCCCCAUGUGACUUGCUCCCCGUGUAACUGGCUCCCCAUGUGACUUGCUCCCCGUGUGACUGGCUCCCCGUGUGACUUGCUCCCCGUGUGACUUGCUCCCCAUGUGACUUGCUCUUCGUGUGACUGGCUCCCCAUGUGACUUGCUCUUCGUGUGACUGACUCCCCAUGUGACCGACUCCCCGUGACUGACUCCCCGUGUGACUGGCUCCCCAUGUGACUGACUCCCCGUGUGACUUGCUCUUCGUGUGACUUGCUCCCCAUGUGACUGGCUCCCCAUGUGACUUGCUCCCCGUGUGACUGACUCCCCAUGUGACUUGCUCCCCAUGUGACUUGCUCCCCGUGUGACUGGCUCCCCGUGUGACUUGCUCCCCGUGUGACUUGCUCCCUGUGUGACUUGCUCCCCAUGUGACUGGCUCCCCAUGUGACUUGCUCCCCGUGUGACUUGCUCUUCGUGUGACUUGCUCCCCAUGUGACUGACUCCCCAUGUGACUUGCUCCCCGUGUGACUGACUCCCCAUGUGACUUGCUCCCCGUGUGACUUGCUCCCCGUGUGACUGGCUCCCCGUGUGACUUGCUCCCCGUGUGACUUGCUCCCUGUGUGACUUGCUCUUCGUGUGACUUGCUCUUCGUGUGACUGGCUCCCCAUGUGACUAACUCCCCGUGUGACUGGCUCCCCGUGUGACUGGCUCCCCGUGUGACUUGCUCCCCGUGUGAUUUGCUCCCCGUGUGACUUGCUCUUCGUGUGACUUGCUCUUCGUGUGACUUGCUCUUCGUGUGACUUGCUCCCCGUGUGACUUGCUCCCUGUGUGACUUGCUCCCCAUGUGACUGGCUCCCCAUGUGACUUGCUCCCCGUGUGACUUGCUCUUCGUGUGACUUGCUCCCCAUGUGACUGACUCCCCAUGUGACUUGCUCCCCGUGUGACUGACUCCCCAUGUGACUUGCUCCCCGUGUGACUUGCUCCCCGUGUGACUUGCUCCCCGUGUGACUUGCUCCCCGUGUGACUUGCUCUUCGUGUGACUUGCUCUUCGUGUGACUUGCUCUUCGUGUGACUGGCUCCCCAUGUGACUAACUCCCCGUGUGACUGGCUCCCCGUGUGACUGGCUCCCCGUGUGACUUGCUCCCCGUGUGAUUUGCUCCCCGUGUGACUUGCUCUUCGUGUGACUUGCUCUUCGUGUGACUUGCUCCCCGUGUGACUUGCUCCCCGUGUGACUUGCUCCCUGUGUGACUUGCUCUUCGUGUGACUGGCUCCCCGUGUGACUGGCUCCUCGUGUGACUGGCUCCUCGUGUAACUAGCUCUAGUGACGCUCCCAGAAGCGCGUUGGGGUCCGGUGCCAUUACUGCAGCCUGCUGACUGUGGACCCCAGACUGCACACUGCUGCUGCCCUCCUGCACCUCCAGAUGGUGGUCGGCUGCCAGGGCAAAUCUUGGAGGUUCGAUGCAUGUCUCCUGUGCAGCAAGCUGCAGGAUCUAGCGGAGGAGAGAAUGCAUUGGUAGCAAGGAGGUGGCAUCAAUGGUCGUGGCCAUGGUGGCAUCUCUUGAUGCUGGAACCACCGCUAUUUUACGGUUGUCGUGGGGUCCGUGGGCCCCAGUUUAGAACCCCCGAAGUGGGGGUUCCCUAAAUGGGAGGAAGGGUGGAGCCCUGACACGCGCCAGAAAUGUCAUCGGUUGGAUACGGUACUCUACUUACCCUCCUGAACAACGGACUCCUCCAUUAAAAGCGGAUUGGUACGGGCCCAAGGUUACUGAAAGACGAGCUGUUCAAUAGCCCUUGAUGGCAUCUCAGUGCCUAAGAAUGGACCGGUUAAAAAACUGGGCGAGUUGAAUUUUCAUUGUGUGAAUUGAAGGUUGUGAUAUGCUAGCGGUCGUGUGAAGAGGUUUUAAUUAAGCUUCGUCCCGAAUUGAAUGAACAGGAUUCACUGGAUUGUCUGUUAACCAAAGGGUAAAUGUUGCAAAACAAACAAGAAUCUGCUGAUUGAUUGAUGUCAAAUUCGUGCAAUUUUAGCACCAAGCAAUGCAUGUAGUAAUGCUGAUGUAUCCAUGUGCUGGUUUUAUUGGAAAUAUAUAUUUACGAUGUGUCAUCUAUGAAAGAUGACUGAACUAUUGUGACAAUUUCAGUAUUUACUAUAUGCUGGCUUGUGCAAUAUUUUGAUAAGUAGAUAUCGUGAAUGCGAGCAGCAUAUGGACAGAAAUUGGUUACCAUUGCUUCUUUGAGCUCGGACAUGUUUGAGUUUAACGUAAUAUUGACUACAGCACAGUGCGUACAUCGCAGCAGAGUGUAUCAAUGUUAGCGGUGAGUCUGGCUACGGUUUUUUCCAUAUCAAAAUAAUUGCGUGCCUUGGUUUUGUUGCAAAAAAAAAUCUAAUUAUAUGAAUGUGAAAAUACUUACCCAAAGUAAUCAUUCAUACUGCCUUCUCGUGGAAUAAUUCGCAAUCAGCUGAUGUCCCAAGAAAUGGGCAGAGCUGAGAAAAAAUUGUGGCUUGGAAUUGAAGAUGGAAUUUUACAAUACUGCCAUAGAAAUAAAUGAAAUUUGGGAGGAUA